AUGAGUCGAAGCACCCAGGGUUGCUGGACUUGCAGGGUCCGACAUAAGAAAUGCGAUGAAACGCGGCCUUAUUGUCGAGCCUGCACCUCGCGAAACGUCCAGUGUCACGGAUACGACAGGCCAGAGUGGUUAGACAGCGGUCCACGAGAGCAGGAAUAUCGCAAUAAGAUUAAGCGUGCUAUCAACAGGAACUUCAAGUUGAAAAAGAGAGGCCUGCCUCAGUCGACUCUUGCAGGUGACAGGUGUCUCACGAGUAGUGGUACUGGAGACGUCGGCGAUGUCUCUGAGGCACACCGAGCACGGUCUCGUGCGACCGAGUCACUACAGGGGCCGACAGGGCUUAAAACUCAAGCACACGCCCAGUCACCUACAAAGAGGGUCCCCUUGACAUGGAAUCCUCUAGAGCAGAGCAUGGCCUCACCUGGGGCAAGCCUGCUGAGUUCCCGCGAUGCAGAACUGUUGAUGCACUACUUCGACCACGUCUUCCCACUGCAGUUUCGCUUUCACCCCCGUGAUCUCAAUCGUGGCUGGCUGUUGUGGUUGCUGAUCAGGACCGGGCCGCUGUAUCAUGCAGCACUGAGUUUGAGUGCCCUCCACCAGUUCACUCUACGCUUCCAUGGCGAAGGUGAUAAGUUUGAGGAGUUGACCCUGUAUCAUACCAAUGCUCUGCGUGACUUGCAACUUUUCUUACAGCAGACCCAGCAAGGUGGAGGCUUCAAUGAUAGAUCAGGGCAAAUUGAAAUCCUGGCGUGUGGAGUCUCCUUGAUCAGCUUUGAACUAUUUCGAGGCGGCGUGAGUGAUUGGCAACCUCACUUGCAAGCCCUCGCAUCCAUUGUCGCAUCUCUCCAACACAACACGGGCACGGACACUUCGAGAUCGAGACGGUCAGAACCAUCCUUGCGGCAGGGGGAAGAGACUGCGGAGAUUGGGGAUUCAGCUCUGCCUUUCUUGACGGCUGUUGUCUUAUGGUUUGACAUAGUCUCCUGCGCAUCUACAGGUCUAACGCCGCGUUUAUGCUACAAAGUGCUAAUACAAGACGACCAUGUCAAUUUGGAGCAAGUCAUGGGUUGCGAGAAUUGGGCCAUGAUAGCAAUUGCUGAUCUGGCGUCACUCAGCGUCUGGAAGGAGUCUGCUCGACAAGCGAAUAUGCCGAAUGUCAGCGAUCUGCUGACUCGAAGUCAAGAUAUUGAAGCAGAAUUGGAGCAUGGUCUUGCAAGACUCGACAUUCAAGUUCAUCUUGACACAAACACGAUCCGCAGAAAAGGAGCAAGUAUCCCCGAACCUCCCAUCACGCAUACCGUCACCCGAGUAUUUGCAUCUGCGGCACUUGUGCAGUUGCACACCAUCAUGUCCGGAGCCAUUCCCAGUUUGCCGGAAGUUCGUGGUGCAGUGGACAGGACGAUAGGUGCUCUGGAGCAAGUCAGGGAGCUCCAAGACAUGCGUGGUCUGAUAUGGCCAAUAUGCAUAUCGGGAUGUAUGGCAGAGCCUUCACGGCAGGCAUAUUUCGAAACCUUGGUCCGAGAUAUCCUUGGGAACUCAGAACAGGAUUUUGGGAAUUCCGCAACAAUUCUUCGGGUCAUGAAGAAGUGCUGGGAAUCACGUCUCCUUGACGAGGAUCAACAGUGGGACUGGAAAAGAGCAAUGUCUGAAUUAAACAUUUGCGCCCUCCUCGUCUGA